AUGGACACCAGUGAGCAGGAGACGUCUGCGGAGAAGCAGCUGCGGCAAGCGAGGGGUGAUGUGGCGGUGCUUAGUCGGCUUGUGGCCGAGGCGGAAAGAGGUGGUUCGGUGCCGUAUGAGAACGUGCAAGAGCGAAUGGAAAACGUUCGUGUAGUGUUGCUGGCGCUGUCCGAGGGACGAUUGGGUUCCCAGACGUCAGGUGUCGCCGCCACUUCUUCGGCAAUGUGGCAAACGUCGAGUAUGCAUGCGCGAGCUGCGGGUAAUCAGGCAGUGACUGACAUGCAGCGACGCCUGGCACAGCAGCUGCUCGCGGAGCUCAAUUUGAUUGAAGUAUCUUUGCAGCGCUCGAGGCGGAAGGCGUUGCAGCGCCAGACGCACAUUUCGGAGGUUGAGCAACUUCUUGGAACUAUGCGGGCCAGUGGCGGUCGUGAUGAGCUUUCCUCCCUACACCACUUGGAGGAUGAAAGAAAAUCUCUGCAUUACGCACGUGUACGUGUUCGGGCAGUGCUGGACGAAAGUAACUCGGUUAUGAAGGCAUUACGGGAUCAGGGCGGGCGACUUGAAGGAACAGGUAGCAAAGUUACAGAUGUACUGGAGUCUAUUGGUGUGGCGAAUUCAACUAUUCUUCAGAUUCUGCGUCGCAAUAGAAUGGACGCAUGGCUCGUGUAUGGGGGUAUAGCCCUGACGAUGCUAAUCAUUUACUAUCUAUGGUGA